AUGACCGAAAGGGGUAGUGAUGUGGUCCGCGACGAUGCGAUAGAUCUACAGGAUGAGGAAGAACAGCACCAGGCAGCCGUUAAUGCCCGGGAGGACGCGCAGACAGACGUUAUUGAGGAUGAGGACGGGUUCGACGAGUUUAUUGCACCUGACGACCCGGUAUCGAUAGCAAUUAGCAGAGCUGACGCUGACGCUGGAGACCGGACUGAAAUUGCUAGCUCGCCUGUGUCAUUUCCUCAGUGCGCUGGAAGCAUCGACGAUGCGGCCUCUAUCCCAGACGAUACUCCGUCGAUACAAGGCUCUAUUCAGUCUUCUCCAAGCAGCGCGUUGGGCCGCCGGCCACCAUCUAGCUUAGGCCAUAGCCCUCACCGUCCGUUUGACCUCCGUUUCCAAACGCGCCUUUCUGUUUCAUUUCCAAAUACCUCUCGACCAAUAUCACCUUCGCUGCUUCAUGCGCAUUCGCGCAAUUCUUCGAUCACGAGCCAUUUCCGAACAGAUACUCCCGAUUUACCGGAAGAACCCCUGCCUGCGCCAUGGGAGGUUGUGCGAUGGACAAAGCUGAGAAAAAUAGCAGGCCAGAUCCUCUCGGAAGUAGGCAAGCGGACUUUUGGCCGUCCAACCUGCAUGGCAGUCUCAACAAGUAUUGUUUUGGGAACGACAAAAGGUACCAUAUUGGUAUUUGACUAUCAACAGAACCUGAAGACCAUAAUCGGUCCUGGAACAAAGGCAAUUGCAUCUGGCUCCGUCACAUCGUUGGCCAUCUCAGCAGACCACUCUACUAUCGCCGGAGGUCAUGCUGAUGGGUCAAUAUUUACCUGGGAGAUCGCUCGGCCCAGCCGCCAUUUCCUGCAUAUUCCUCCCAUAACUGCGGCCCACAAAGAUUCAAAAAGGACUGAUGGCCAUAUCUCCGGUGUGGCCGUCAUUCAUGUGGGUUUCCUGGGGACCAGGCGUACUGCUUUGGUCUCUGCUGAUGAUCACGGAAUGGCGUUUUCUCACUUAGCGACACGCGGAAUGGGGGCGGUCGCCCGUAUAAUCAGAACCACCCGAGUAUUGGGACGUUACCCGGAGAGCGCUCUCCCCACUGGCCGUGCGAGGAAGCCGAGCACUGUGCUUGCAUUUUCCCCCCUUCCCCUUGGGAAUGUUGAGCAAGCAACGGAUUCGUUGGGUCUGGUAGCAAUGCUCACCCCUUAUCUUCUUGUAAUUGUUUCUACGACGCCAGUCGCCCAAACCCAACAUAAGUCAGCGCGUCCCAAAGAAGUCGCUGCCCACAGCACCAUGACAGCAGCACUAGCCUGGUUCCCUGCAAUCAGACUAAAGGCGAAAGAUGCAGGAACCUCAAAUACUAAACUAGUAUAUUGCUGGUCCAACGUGCUGACUAUCCUGGAAGUCUCUGAGACGAGACCCACGGACCCUAGCGAUAGGGAUAGGCCCCCUAGUUUUGCAUUCAGGCCAUUCGCUCGAUGGCGGGCAACUGAGCCCAUUGUUGCAGUACAAUGGAUAAGUCGCUCGGUCUUAGCGGUGCUGACCAUCACUCAACAAUUACUUAUUCUCGAAGAUAAAUCUCUACGUGUCACGGAUUCAUUCGAUCUAUUGCACAGGCAUAUUUACCAUGUGGACCUUUUCUCAAAUCAACUUCAGAGUCUUGUCGAACAAUUGGAUGAGGAGGAUCAGAGUAUGCACGGUGUGACUGCAGAUGCUUUCUAUAUGAGCUUCAGAGCUUAUAAGGGGCGGCUAUUUCUCCUAGGGUUCAACGAUUUAUCUGUUGGCACCUUGUCAAACUGGGCGGAUAGGCUUCUAGCUCUAAUGGAGUCUGGCGAUUUUAUUGGGUCCAUUCGCCUUGCAACAUCGUUUUACGUUGGAAGCUCAGAAAAGCUCACUGUUGGCCUGCCAGAAGAAGAUGACCUGAGACAUGACGUAGUGCAGGAGAAGUUAUUGGAGAUGAUGGAGGCCUCGCUGAGAUAUGCGUUUGGGAAGAACCAAGAAGCGAACACUGAGCGCCUCCAGCCCGUUGAGCUUGGUGAGCUUGCAGAAGCAUGCAUUGCAGCAUGUGAUGCUAUGAACGAUCAAGCCUUUUUAUUUGACGAAGUAUACCAAUGGUAUGAAGAUAACGGCUCGGAGAAUACGUUCCUUGAGGUUUUGGAACCAUAUAUAAUUCAAGGUGCCAUUCGGGCAUUGCCUCCGGGGGCUGUCAAAGCUUUGAUCACUCAUUUUUCAACAAACCAUGCUGCUAGCCGCUUAGAAGAAAUUAUCUGUCUUCUUGAUAUCAGCACCAUUGAUAUUGACCAAGUUACUAGCUUAUGCAAGCGUUAUAACCUUUAUGAUGCUUUCAUUUAUGUGUGGAAUCGUGCUAUUGGCGAUUACAUUUCGCCCUUGAGAGAAUUGCUAGACCUGGCCAACCGUGCUCCGAUGAUCGCUAAUGGUGAUGGUGAUGUCGAAAACCGAGAUUACGUGAAUGCUGCGAAGAUGUUUCCCUACCUCUCUUAUAUAUUGACGGGCCGGAUAUAUCCAACAGGAGACGAGUUGGAAGAACCUAGCGCAUCAAAGGCUAAGACAGACUUAUACGGUUUUCUAUGUUCUGGAAAGGACACUGGCUCACAGGCUGUGGAUACCUAUCGCCCUUUCAAACACCUUCGAGCAAUGUUGGAGUUUGACACACCUAAAUUUAUGAGCAUGCUAAACGAGGCGUUCGAAGAUAGCUAUCUAAACGACGGGUUCGAGAAUAUGGAAGGUGAUGGAGUGGGAUUUACAGGUCGUCCACAAACCGGGCUAUCUAUUAAUCGCCAAUAUCUCAUUAGCAUCUUGCUCGAAGUAAUGGAGCCUUCAAGCUUCACAACAGCCGACACGAUUUACUUGGACAUAUUCAUCGCUCGCAAUCUCCCGAAAUACCCCCAAUAUAUAUUGCUUUCCGGGUCAAUCCUUCAUCAAGUCCUCAUUCGACUUUGCGAAUACCCUAGCCCAGAAAUGUUGGACGAUUGCCAACUCAGUGCGGAGUAUUUGCUUUCCACUUAUCAUCCUCCUGACAUUCUGAGCUUGAUACCACUAUUCAAGAAAGCAAAGUUUUUCCGAAUAUUAAAGUCAACCUACCGUGCUGAACGGCAGUAUCCUAACCUUUUACUGACUUACCUGGAGGACAGAGAGGAGAGAGAACAUGUUUUCACCUGUAUUCGGGAUUGUCUUCGGCUGGGUUCUUCGCUGACCGGGAAGCAGCGCCGUGAUGUACUUUCUGUUGUGAAAGACCAUGCUGCUGAGCUCGCUCAUAUCAACGUUGUCGAGGCAGCGCAUGCCAUGCAAAGUGUGGCCGCUGACCUCCAUGAUGUCUUCGUUGAAGCGCUCCACUCAGAACCGAGCCUCGAGUACCAGUAUCUCAACGCCUUGUUCGUAUCUGAGUCGAGCAAUGGUGCUGAGGUUGGCUCGGCUGCAAAGCUCAGCAAUCGACUUGUUGAGCGUUAUAUUCAGCUGAUGUGCCAGUAUGAGCCGUCGCGCGUUGCGGAGUUUGCAGACUCCCUCAAAGUUGGCGAUCUUCAGCUUGAAGCUGUUCUCCCUUCAAUCGAAAGCAGUGGAAUCAUCGAUGCUGUCGUAAUCCUCGUUGCCAAACAGGGUGAAGUUGGUGCAGCUAUGGAAAGGCUGAUCAAGCAUCUUGGGACACUCGAAGCUGGCCUAUCUGGUAUUCUUGAAAAGUCCAGCGAGAGUCCCGAUCAUCAAUCUGCAGUCGAUGCAGCAGUUGAUCUUGCUCAAUCUCUCGAAAAGUAUACCCGAGUAGGGAUUUGGCUAUGUCAAGAAGAGACUAAAACCGCAAAAAGGUCACACCGAGAAGUUAAGCUAAACAAGCGAGGAUCUGUAUUCGAACAGCCCUUGUCCUUUGAUGAAAAUCUAUGGCUUAUGCUUAUUGAAGCGAUAGUCAACAUUGCUCAGAAUCUCUCCCCUUUGUUGGAAGAUAAUGCUCCUGCGAUAAAAGCCGACGAAGCCAUGCCGUCAUACAGCUCUGCAGGGCUCUCUAUUUCACUUCGACGCCUGGUGCAGCAAGUUUUUACAGCCCUGUUGACCACGACGACCAAAGCGGGACGCCUACCUAACGACAAACCAGACUUGUCGUUUCUGCGCAUUCUCCGCGCAUUCCUCACACGCGCGGCUUCGGCCUCCCCAUCCUUGUCUGAACUUCGAGCGGUGAUUGCAUCUAUAUUAUCAGCAUACAGUUACGAGGAGUCCCUUUUAUCACUCGCAAACUCAAUGUUAGACAAGGACCUGUUCGUGCACGUCGACGAAAUUACAAAACUCCGACAACGCGGCUGGAGGGCCAGAGGGCAAGUAUGCGAGGUGUGUCGGCAGCGGAUCUGGGGCCCUGGCUCGGGUGGACAUGUGUGGGAAGCGUGGGAAGCCAAACAAGCGGCGGAAACGAAGCGGAAACAGGAAAAGGCGUCUGAAGAGAGCCGGGAUCGGGAUUUGGUCACACGAGGCAAAGGAAAGGCGUUGGCUUCACCCCAAGUGGUUGAUAGUUCUAGUGGUGACGGAGAUGGGACUGGCGAAGGACUUGAUGGGCAUGGCGGCGACGGGAAGGGUGCCAUUGUUGUUUUUGGCUGUAGGCACUUAUUUCAUCGGGCUUGUCUGAUGAAUGAAGCCGAACGACGGAGACUGCAUGACCCAUCCUCAUCGGUGUAUGAGCAUGGCUAUCUCCAUGAAGGAGGGCACGCGGAGCUUUCUUGUGUGAUAUGCAUACGACAUUAG